AUGACAGUCAAGAAACCCCGCAAUAUCAACGAUUCGGAUCUUGUCAACAAUGGCUAUCAGACAGAGUUUCCACUCUCCCAGCCGACCGAGAUGUCAUAUUUCCUGCAACGCAUUCGCAUGGCAGAAAUCGCGCGCCGCACGGUUGACCAAAGCCAAACUGCCGCUGACUCCAGCGGACCAGGAGAUUCAACACACAUAAUGAAACUAGACUUCCAGCUCGACCAAUUCAUCCACGACAUUCCGUUCUUCUUCAAUCUCGACAACUAUGAGGACAACCCAGAGUCAACAUCCGCCGGCACCUUCGUUCACGCCUACCUACUCAACCUGGUCAUCCACAGCCAGCGUUGCAAGCUGCAUCUCCGCUAUCUCACAUCCGACCCUAAUAAAAGCCCCAUGUACGCUGCAUCCCGAGAAAUCUGUCUCAAAUCCGCACGCCAGCUCAUCAGAGCCGAAUCUCAACUCGAGCGCGCGCAGCAUCCCUUCGUACUCGUCCGGCUCCGCCUAUCGGCGAUUCGAUACGGUGUCUUCCUGGCUUGCAUUGCAUUGUUAAUGGACGCCUAUAUCAAUGGUUCCGGCUCACUCCAGGAUGGAAUCAACCAUGGAGAUGUAGCUGAGGCCCUCCGUAUCCUCGAGGGCGCAAGGUGUCACUCCUGGGCUGCGCAAAACCUUUCAGACUCUCUCAAUCAGGUCCUAGCCAAAUACCGCGCUCAGAACCCAGAAGACCAAAAUCAACCUUCUGAAAAUCCCUCUUCCUCCUUCACAACGUCUGGUGCGUCUUAUACCAGUUCUGCACCGACGAUGCAACCCAUGACCACUCAAUUGGCCCCAGCCUCUAAUCAACUUCCUAUUAUGUCAACGGGAAUGGGGGGCGGGGCCAUGAUGCCGCCCGUGUCUAGUGAGCAGCUAUCGGGAUCUGUCGUACAGUCACAGUUUGAUCCUCAGAUGGCGCAAAAUCUGGAGGAGUUGAUUUUUUCGGAUGUGCUUCAGUGGGACUAUUCUUUUCCGAGUGUCCAUUCCGCGUCUUUCUUUUGA